CAUGUUUCAGCUUUACCACUGUCUUGAACACUGUACCCCGCUGGGUCUUCUCACAGCUACGAGCUCAAAUCUGUUUCAAGUCAUCCGCAGCAUCACAGCAAAGGCACCACGCUAUACCUCCGUGGCACUAGCAAGGGAGUUCCUCGCUAGCCAAACAGGAGGGACGUUGAAACUUUGUCUACUUGACGAAAACUAUAAACAACUCCCAUGUCCUGUCUACUUUCAGGCAGUAAAAAAAUUAGGAACUUGGGAAGUAAAAGACUGGUACAAAGUGUUUUCAAUGCAACCAGCAGAGGUCUCUGUACACGACGUACGGUUCUCAUCAGGACACAUAGAAUACGGCAUUUGCUCUGGGGGAGUGAAACUCGUGUUGCACACCUUGUAUACAUUGGUAAGAGAAAGCAAAACAUGAAGUGAGGAGGACGGCUUUUAGCGCUGUUUGGAAAUGGUCGGGAGGAUUCCCCUAGUUCUGCUUGCAUGUGGCUCCUUCAACCCCAUUACCCACCAGCACAUGCGCUUGUUUGAAUUAGCGAGGGACCAUCUGCAUCAAACAGGUUGUUACUGCCAGCUCCUGUACUGCAGACGAUAUAAAGUCAUUGAGGGCAUCGUUUCCCCUGUCAGUGAUGAAUAUGGCAAGAAAGGCCUGGUCUCGGCAACACACCGUGUUGCCAUGAGUCGUCUGGCUCUGGAGACUUCUAACUGGAUCGGAGUGGACCCCUGGGAGAGCAAACAACAGCACUGGAGCGAGACAGUCGAGGUACUGAGACACCAUUAUAACAGACUGCUCAAUCCUGAUCACCUAAAGGGAAGUGUGCAAGAUACACGUGUGAACAAGACAGGACAGGACAAGCAGGACAUGAACUCAUAUCCAGGAUCACCGCAGCUGAAAUUGCUCUGUGGGGCCGAUUUCCUGGAGACAUUCAAAAUUCCUAAGCUGUGGAGGGAAGAGCACAUUGUGGAAGUGGUCGGCAAGUUUGGCCUGGUGUGUGUCAGUCGCGGCUUGACAGACACGCACAGGUUCAUACACGAGUCGGACACCCUCACCAGACACCGGCACAAUAUCCACUUGGUAAGGGAGUGGAUCCAGAACGAAAUCAGCGCCACCGAAAUCCGGCGGGCUUUACGCCGGGGACAGAGUGUCAGGUACCUGCUCCCAGACUCUGUCAUCGAGUACAUUAAACAGCAUGACUUGUACACUGCGGAGAGCGAGCUGCAGAAUGCAGGUGACAUCCUGCAGCCCCUAAAAACAAACACUGAAUGAGUGAAUGAGGAGGACUUCACUCUCCCCGAAAGAAAGGGUACGGGUUUAUUCACAGACGGAAAACAAAAUGUCAUCAGAAGCAGUCGUUUUUUUUUUAUUAAUGUAGUGCCUUUUUUAUGGGUGGUUACAAGCGGUUAAUACAGGGCAAAAUGAAAAACAUGCUGUAUUAAAUGUACGCUGUUAGAUUUAAUCUACUUCUGCUAUUCAUUAAACAAUACAAAUGUUUUGUCCCUUGA